AUGGCAGCAGUUCCUCGAUCCCUGGCCGAGAUCAGUCGCAGCGACUCCUCAAGCUCGCAGAAGCGCAGCGCCCUCUCCCACGGCCGUGGCGGCGCCGGCAACAUGGGCCCUCCCGACCCAUCCGCCGAGCCCGUGAACCUCGAGACGCCGACGCUGAAGGGCGAGAUGUACACCACGGGGCGGGGCGGGAGCGGGAACAUGGCCAAGAACGACAUGGGGGAGGAGGCGAGGCGGGCGCAGGAUGUUGUUGGCCAGCCCAGGCGCGAAAGCGGAAAUACCACGCACGUCGGCCGGGGCGGCGCAGCGAAUGUCUUCAAGCCGUCCCCUGCCGAGCUGGAGAAGAUGAGGAAGGACGGCGGCAACUGGGAGACCGCUGUGGGGGACGAUCGGAACGAGGACGGGGGGGAGGUGCUGGCCAGUAGUGCCGGGUUCAAGAAGGAGGACACGAGGAGUGAUGCCGACCGGAGCAAGGGGCUGGCGGACCGGGGCAAGGAGUGGAUUAUGGGGAAGCUUGGGAAGUGA